AUGGCUAACACAGUCACUUGGUCGCCGGAUACCAUAUCCGACAGCGAAUUUCAAGAGGUUUUCGCAAGCUAUCCUGCGUUCAUCGCGGAGAUAUCCGACGCGAAGGGAGCCAAACCUGGCCAGGAAACACUGGCCAGCCUGGACCAUUAUCGCUAUGGCACGGCUCUGGACGCCUUUGGUUCCGAGGACCCAGGCACGGCUAUGGAUCUCGAUCACGUCAAAAAACUUGUCGAGUGGAAACUUCGGCAUGGGAAGUUUCGGCCCACCUUGAUGAAACUAGUAUCCUCAAACGAGCCGGGUUUCGUCCGGGACACCGUCCAAAAAGCCGUUGCGCACUUUCGGGACAAGGCUGAUGUUUCCGGUGCCCUCAAUAUCCUAACCGAACUCAAGGGCAUCGGGCCGGCCACCGCAUCGUUACUCCUGGCAGUCCAUGACCCAAAGCACGUCGUUUUCUUCGCCGAUGAGGCAUUCUACUGGUUGUGCUGCAAUGGAUCAAAGGCACCCAUCAAGUACAACCAAAAGGAGUAUACGGAGCUAAACAAACGAGCGCAAGCAUUGACCAAGCGUCUCGGUGUUAAAGCAGUUGAUAUCGAGCGAGUGGCAUUUGUUUUGAUGAGACGGCCGAAAGACGAAAACACCGGUUCGGCGAGUGCGAGAAAACCGCCAGCCGGAUCGGUGGCCGAAAAGCAGCUGGCAAAGAGAAAGGCAUCGGGUGACAAUUCCGCCGAUGCAGUGCCUCCACAUGGCAACCAUGGGCCUCUUCCGAUCUUGACGACCAUGGUCGACCCCUUCUCCCGGGCAAGAUGGGGUGAAACGCAGUCGUUUGCCUACCCUGGCCCCAUUCAACUUACACCGAGAUUCACUACUCUCAAGGAGGGCUUGACAUCGAACAAGGAAACCGCUGUCAGUGCUUCGUGGCAACGGCUCCUCGGGCGUCUCUCAGAGGAAAUCGAUACGGUGUCAUCCCUGGGAUCCGAAGCCAUACCCACCAUCAACUUCAAGGAUACCAACAAGUCGGAGCAAGCAAAAGAUUUUUUGCGAGAUCUUCGUCAAAGAGGAGUCGGGGUUAUCCGCAACGUGAUUCCCAAAGACACCGCUCUCGCUUGGAAUCGAGAAGCAGAUGAAUACCUCAAACAGGGCUCGCCCAACAAACCAGCGCCAAAAGACACCGAAUCUCAAGAUGUAUUUUGGAGUCCUGCCCAGGUUAAAGCUCGCGCCCACCCCAACGUUCUUGCUGCCCAGAAGUUUGCAAUGAGCGUAUGGCAGUCGAAAGACAAGAAUGCCAGGGUAACAACAAGUUUUCCAAUCUCAUACGCCGAUCGGAUGGUGUUGCGGAAAGGAGAUGGCCUCGAGGAUGGCUUUUGCGCACGAGUAGACGGGGGCAGCGUCGAGCGGUGGGAACCUGACGGGUACGGCCGGGCCGGGACGUAUAAAGAUAUAUUUCAGGGCCGGUGGGAGGACUACGAUCCCUGGGAGAGCAGCACCCGCUUAGGCGUAACAAGCGACUUAUACCACAAAGCCGGCGCAUGUUCCAUAUUCCGCAUGUUCCAAGGCUGGCUCGCCCUCGACUCGAUCUCGCCCGGCCCGGGCUCCCUGCAGGUCUGCCCCAUCCCACGGCUCGCCACCGCCUACUUCCUCCUCCGCCCCUUUUUCUCUCCCCAACAAGACGAAGAUCAACCAUGGACCUUCAACCGCCCCCAAAACAGCAUCCUCCACGGCGCCCUCCCAAGCUACGCCCAGCAAAUCACCCCGGCCCUCCACCCCCACCUCCAGCUCGACCGCAGCAUGGUGCCCGUCCCCCACCUCGAACCAGGUGACUACCUCGUCUGGCACCCGGACCUAAUCCACGCCAUCUCCCCCCACCCCGCUUCCCCCACCACCACCACCACCCACCCCAACCCCACAGCGCACCUCUACCUACCCGCCUGCCCCCUCACGCAAACCAACGCGCUCUACCUCGCGCGGCAGCGCAAAGCCUUCCUGCAAGGCCACGCGGGCCCGGACUUCGACCUGGUGGGCGGCAGCGGCAGCACGGCGGGGGUCGGGAUGCGGGCCGGGGAGAGCGGGCACGCGGGGCGGCCCGGGGCGGAGGCGGUGGGGGCGGCGGGCGGGGAGGCCGGGCUGCGGGCGAUGGGCCUGCUGGCGUGGGACGAGGAGGAGGCGGAUGAGGAUGAGGAGAGGGAGGUGUUGGCGAUGGCGAACGGGAUUCUGUUUCCGGAUUUGUAUGAUAUGUUGUGA